AUGAUCUGCAUUCGAUCUGUGCAGCUUAGUCGCUGAAAUUGCUUGUAAGAUAGCGCACACGCAAUAAAAAAUGCAUUUCGGCAACUUUUGUCUAUAUAUAGGACUGUUAUGUCUUGCUGCUGGACCGCUCGCGGAGGCCUGGGUGGCACGCGCUAAUUAUCACAGCGAUGCACAUCCUGGCAAAUGCGUGGUGAGUGAUACGCUCAUUCUCUCCCCCGGUGAGAAAGCGAAAUCGCCCAACUCUUGUUCGGAAAUUCAUUGUGGCAGUGAGCAAGGCCAUGCCACUAUUUUUGGCUGUGGCGCUGUUGGCCCACCAGAGGGUUGCAAAUGGGGCGAUUAUGUGAAUAAAGACGCUCCUUUUCAAGAGUGUUGCGCUCGCCACUUGGUCUGCGAAGGUGGCUUGACUGCUGAGACGCGCCAUUAUGAAAAACACAUUUGGGGCAUGUUCUCACGCAGUUCGAAAAAUGCUGCAAAUGAGUAGAACACAAUGUCUCGAAGGGACUGUAAUGGUUUGAGUUGUAUUCAUCAAAUUAAAUGUAAUGCUAAAGCAAUGAAGUGAUUAUAUAUUAUUUUUAUUGGAAUUUAUGCUAGUUAUAUUGAUCUAGAUAAUAUAAGAUACGUAUAUUAGUAAAUGCUGGUUUUCGAAUAAA